AAUACAACACAGUACAGAACCGAAGUGCAGAUAAGUCAAAAGUCUCACAUGACUGCCUCAUAAAACUAACACUUGCUGGCCUUGUCGUUUGAACAUUCCCGCAUAUUUUAACCAACAACCUGACAACUCACUCCCACACACACACACACUGUGAAACUGUGAUCCCUCUUCUCUAUCCUCCCCCACAACCCAUUCCUCCGCCGAUCUCCGCCGCCAAUGUUGCCCUACAAGACCGUCCAGGAGGCGGAGGCCGCCCUCGGCCGAUCACUCUCCACCGCCGAGACCCUCUGGCUCAACUACUCCGCCUCCAAAUCCGACUACUUCCUCUACUGCCACAACAUCCUCUUCCUCUUCCUCAUCUUCUCCGUCGUCCCCCUCUUCUACAUCCUCCUCGAACUCGUCUACAACAAAACCCUAAUCUACAAAAUCCAACCCAAAGUCAAACUCUCCUAUUCCGAAACCUUCCGAUGCUACAGAGACGUAAUGCGCAUGUUCUUCCUCAUCGUCGGCCCUCUCCAACUCGUCUCCUACCCUUCCAUCCAACUGAUUGGGAUUAGGUCGAGUUUGCCAUUGCCAUCACUGGGUGAAAUUGUUGCACAAUUGAUAGUGUAUUUCAUAGUUGAGGAUUAUACCAACUAUUGGAUCCAUCGGUUUCUGCAUUGCAAUUGGGGGUACGAGAAGAUUCAUAAGGUUCACCAUGAAUACACGGCGCCGAUAGGGUUUGCGGCGCCGUAUGCACACUGGGCGGAGGUUUUGAUCCUCGGAAUCCCGUCAUUUCUAGGGCCGGCGAUGGUCCCGGGGCAUAUGAUCACGUUCUGGCUGUGGAUUGCUUUGAGGCAGAUUGAGGCCAUUGAGACUCAUAGUGGUUAUGACAUUCCCUGGACCCCCACAAAGUAUAUUCCCUUUUAUGGUGGUGCAGAGUACCAUGAUUAUCAUCAUUAUGUCGGUGGACAAAGCCAGAGCAACUUCGCUUCAGUGUUCACUUACUGUGAUUACAUCUAUGGAACUGACAAGGGCUACAAGUAUCAAAAGAGGCUCCUACGUCAGUUGAAAGAUGAACCAAAGAGCAAUGGACAUCAAAAUGGAGGCUCAUACAUAUCUACUAGAGAUGUUAAAUAUGAGUAGCUGCAGAACUUCCGGACUUCCGACUGACUGUUGCUUCUUCCGGUAUGCUUCUCAAUAGUGACAACUUUGUGGAACCUUUUGUUCAAGUUGACGUUGUCUGUUGUUCUCACUGUGCCAGUCUGGUAAAUUAGAAACUCUUAGUGCUUCAGAUGGGGAUUAACUGGGAGUUUCUUAGAAUUGUGAUCUUAUGUAGUUUGAGGGGAGGGUGUUAAAUAUUGUGCUAAGAUUUAGAACCUGAACUUUCUGUUUUUUGACAUAAUGUUCAAAUUAGUAUGUUUAUAAAUUUGGGCUCAUUGAUUCUGAAUGUGAAUUUCAAGAUGAGAUUCUAUCUGCA